AUGGUAGGGUCUUACGAGGAGUCAAUUUUGCGCGGGAGAAUGUCAAUGAAUCCUUCCAAGCCGCUGGAUUUCACGGCUCAGAUUGGUGUCCUAGGCAAGGGGAAAUGCAAAGGCCAUCUCAAAUGUCCGCCACAUGUUACGGUGCCAUUUUCGGUUGUUUUCUACAGCUAUCCGACCUCGGGGUGUGGCCGCUCAAUCUCGGACGACAAUCCAAGUCCCUAUGUGGGACAAAUUGACUUGGAAAAUUCUCUCCCCAAAGAGAAUCCCAGUCCGACUCGACGUCGCAGGCGACAUCCAAACGCCACGGGACUCCAUGAAGACACUCCCGUCACAAAUGCAGCAAUUGACACUCGUACAAGUGGUGCUGACUCACAACGCCGUCGGGAAAAAAAGAAUCGCAGGUCAGAAUCACCUAAAUGUCCCCCAGGAGGGUCUUACCGGAUUCCACAACAAGGUCAACUACAAAUCAUAAUCAAGAACCCGCACAAGACAGCGGUCAAGCUUUUCCUAGUUCCAUACGACCUCGGUGAUAUGGAACCUGGCACAAAGACCUUCAUUCGGCAACGCAGCUAUUCGGCAGGUCCGAUCAUCGAUAUGCCGCUCAAUGCACGGAAGAAUUUUGGGACCGAUCGCCCUGAAGCUUCCUUGAAUCCCACAGAAGACCCUCAAGACAAACCCACUUUGCGAUACCUCAUUCAUUUGAACAUUUGUUGUCCCGCGCGCGGUCGCUUUUACCUACAUUCGACUAUUCGCGUAGUUUUUGCAAACCGCGUCCCGGACGGCAAGGAGAAAUUACGGAAUGAGAUCCAAACCCCCGAGCCUCGGUACACACCAUACAAGCCAUCCCGAGAGUCUUCCAUCUCGAGUACUGCGAGCGCAAAUGCGCGCCUAGGGAUUGAACAAACUUCCAGCAGACGGAGUGUAGCCCAGCGAGGGAUCCCUCAUCUGCAUCCACAUGUGUCAUCUCCUAGCGAGUUCCCCUCGCAGCUAGAUGUGCCAAACCCCAUGGAUGUUACGGGUGGCCCUGAAAAUACUCCUCCAUCACAUAAUGUGUCUCGGUACAACAAGCUCACAAGCGAUGAUAAGGAUUACGGCCGUUAUCCAAGUGGUUCAGAAGCCAGUGAGAGCCUACUCGCCAAAAGACUCCGAGGCCUCGAUGUGCACAGGUUAGAGUCCACAGUAGAUGAACGGCAUCCACACAAAUUAGGCUUCUAUGAUCGACCAUCUCCCACGCACAACCACCGCCCUCGCUAA